AUGUCGACCUCUGCCCGCCGUCGUCUCAUGCGCGACUUCAAGCGUAUGCAAACUGACCCUCCUGCUGGAGUUUCUGCCUCUCCUGUGGCGGACAAUGUCAUGACCUGGAACGCCGUCAUCAUCGGCCCCGCUGAUACUCCCUUUGAAGAUGGCACUUUCCGCCUUGUCAUGCACUUCGAGGAGCAGUACCCAAACAAGCCUCCGGGCGUCAAGUUUAUCAGUCAGAUGUUCCACCCCAACGUCUACGGUACGGGCGAGCUCUGUCUGGACAUUCUACAGAACCGUUGGAGCCCAACCUAUGACGUGGCAGCCAUCCUGACCAGUAUUCAGAGUCUGUUGAACGAUCCCAACACAUCAUCUCCGGCGAAUGUAGAAGCGUCAAACCUUUACAAAGACAACCGGAAGGAGUACAUCAAGCGCGUGCGCGAGACCGUCGAGAAGAGCUGGGAGGACUAG